GUUAACAUAUCAAAAUUAAAGUGCAAUUUUAAUAAUAUACUUUGUAAACAAAUUAGCUUAUGAACUAGUGAACUGGUGAUCAUUUUAUAACUUUGUAUUCAACGAUUUUCUAUUUAUAUUGCAUAAGUUAUGGGAACAACACUGGAACUAGAAAUGACAACAACAACCUGUCGCAUUUGUCUACACAAUCAGAGCCACGAAAGGGAUCAAUCAUCAAUGUUUCCAAUUUUUAUAGAUCCAAAUGAAGAUACGUCACCCAUCUGCCAUAAAAUCAGUAUGUGCACAGGUAUUCAUAUCACGCAUCACGAGAAGCUACCAUCGUUAAUAUGCAAAAAUUGCCUGACAUUUCUUAACAUUGCCUAUAAAUUUCGUUCAAUGUGUCUUAACUCUCAAAGUUUUCUUCAAGAAUAUGUCUGCGUUUGGAGUUCGGAUAAUUCACCGAAGGCCCAUACAAAAGUAGAUAAUGUCAAAACAUCUGUAGAAAAUCAACGACAACAACAACAAGAAAAGCAAAAUGAAGAAAAUGAUCGCAUAGUGGGCGAAAUCGAAACCAACUCUUUAGAUACUCAACUAAAUCAAGAAGAAUCCCGUUCAUCUUUUCUGCCUGCAGAUUGUUAUGAAGAGUGUUGGCUAGAAGGAGAGGAGAGUGAAAACACAAUAACAGAGCCAGAGCAAAAAAAGAUUACAAACCCACAACCCCAUGUAGAGGUUGCAAAUAUAGUUGAAAAUAACGAAGCUAAAAGUAGUACUGCAAAUGUUCCAUCAAAAAUUCUGGGGCUAUCAUCCGAUGGUGGAGCCGUUAUUGUUGAGACUGAUGCUGCGUUAUCGAAAAAAGACAGCAAGACAUCAAAAAAGCCGUAUGUAUGUGAUAUAUGUGGCAAUGUCUAUGAUCGUAGGUAUUCUUUGCAAGCCCAUAUACGACGACAUCGUGAUGAAAAACCAUUUGAGUGCGAACUAUGUGGUCAAUCAUUUCACUGCAACUUUGAAUUAUCCCGCCAUAUACGAAAACAUACGGGUUUAAGACCCUAUGUAUGUGUUUACUGCAAACGAUCAUUUGGAGAUCGGUCGACACUAAUUAAACAUGAAAGAAUACACAGAAAUGAGCGACCCUAUUCAUGUGAAACUUGUGGCAAAACAUUUACAUACUCCAGUGUCCUUAAAGUCCACCAACUAACACAUACCGGUGAAAAACCUUUUAAUUGUGAGCUUUGCGGCAAACGGUUUUCAAGAUCUCAUCAUUUGAGAGCUCAUUUGGAUACGUUGCAGCAUUUAAACGAUCCGCGUUCGAAAACAUUAUUGAAACAAAUGAAACGAGAGGAGGAGAAUAUGAACAUUAAUGUGGAAAAUGUUCCUUAAAUUUAAAGGUUUUCUUUACAAUUUUUUUAUACCUAUCACCAAGGGAUGGGUUAUAUUAAUUUUGUCAUUCCGUUUGCAACACAUCAAAAUAUCCAUUUCCGACCCUAUGAAGUAUAUAUAUUCUUGAUCUGCGUAAAAACUUAAGACGAUCUAAACAUAUCCGUCUGUCUGUUGAAAUCACGCUACGGUCUUUAAAAAUACAGAUAUUGAGCUGAA